CAUUUUAACCAAACCUUGUCGUACACAAGGCCAAAGUGGAGUUUGAUCUUUUGAAGGGAGCUUCGGGGCAAACACGAGAUUCGUGGGUAAAUUGUGACAUGCUGUAUUGUUUGGGACACAAAAGUCAGCUUGAAGAAGUCCAGCUGAUCGGAUACAGAGUGUGAGAAUUUACUAAAAGAUGACCUUUGACUUUGCAGCGGGCCCCCAGGGGACCGUCAUGCCCCCGACUCCAACGUCCCCGUCGGAGGGCAGAACCACCCUGGUGACGGUGGACAUUGUGGUGUUGGUUAUCUACUUCCUGCUGGUGCUGGCUGUUGGAUUCUGGUCUAUGUUGAGGACCAAACGCAGCACCGUGGACGGAUACUUCUUGGCUGGAAAAAGCAUGACCUGGUGGCCAGUGGGGGCUUCGCUGUUUGCCAGUAACAUUGGCAGCGGACAUUUCAUCGGCCUGGCAGGGUCGGGAGCCGCAGCAGGAAUCGGGGCCAUCGCGUACGAAUGGAAUGGCAUGCUGAUGGUGCUCCUGCUGGGAUGGCUCUUCCUGCCCAUUUAUAUCUCCUCUGGGGUGACAACCAUGCCGGAGUAUUUGCAGAGACGCUUCGGUGGAAGAAGAACUCAGUUAUUUAUAGCCGUCCUGUCCUUAUUUAUUUACAUCUUUACUAAAAUAUCGGUGGACAUGUAUGCUGGAGCUCUGUUCAUUCAGCUCGCCUUACAGUGGAACAUCUACCUCGCUAUAGUGCUGCUGCUGUCGGUCACGGCUAUCUACACUGUAGCAGGUGGUCUUGCUGCAGUAAUCUACACAGAUGCAGCCCAAACUGCCAUCAUGCUGGCCGGAGCUCUGACCCUGAUGGGUUUCAGCUUUGCGGAGGUCGGAGGCUGGAGCGCUCUGAUGGAGGACUACGCCGACGCCAUCCCCUCGAUCCGUGUGCCCAACUCCACCUGCGGCAUCCCUCGAGACGAUGCUUUCCACAUCUUCAGAGACCCGGUGACCUCUGACCUGCCGUGGCCUGGAGUCAUCAUCGGCAUGUCCGUCCCCUCCAUGUGGUACUGGUGCUCCGAUCAGGUGAUUGUGCAGCGUUCGCUCGCUGCCAAGAACCUGACGCAUGCCAAAGGUGGAUCCCUGCUGGCGGCAUACAUCAAGAUUCUGCCUUUCUUUGCCAUCAUGCUUCCCGGUAUGAUCAGCAGGAUCCUCUACACAGAUGAAGUGGCGUGUGCAGACCCUCAGCUUUGCGAAGAGAUUUGUGGAAACUCGGUGGGAUGUUCAGACAUCGCUUACGCCAAACUGGUCAUGGAGCUGCUGCCUGCAGGACUGCGAGGUCUGAUGAUGGCUGUGAUGAUCGCUGCCCUCAUGUCCUCUCUGACCUCCAUCUUCAACAGCGCCAGCACCAUCUUCACCAUGGACCUGUGGAAGAGCUUCAGGUCUCGAGCUUCUGAAUGGGAGCUCAUGAUUGUGGGCAGGGUGUUUGUGCUCGUGCUGGUGGUGGUGUCUGUGCUGUGGAUUCCUGUGGUCCAGGCCAGUCAGGGCGGCCAGCUCUUCAUCUACAUCCAGUCCAUCAGCACCUACCUGCAGCCUCCCGUCUCCAUCAUCUUCCUCAUGGGCUGCCUCUGGAGGAGGACUAAUGAGAAGGGUGCAUUCUGGGGCCUGGCUAUCGGCCUGGUGAUCGGCUGUAUUCGCAUGUUGCUGGACUUCAUCUACCCCGCUCCGCUCUGCUUCGAAGAGGACGACAGACCUGAUGUGCUGAAAUACGUCCAUUACCUUUACUUCUCCACGAUGCUGUCCUUCAUCACCCUGGUUGUGGUGGUUGUAGUCAGUCUGGCCACAGAGGAGCCCAAACCAGAGCAGAUCAGUCGUCUGACGUGGUUCACCAGGUUUGACCCGGUGAAGCCCAACCAGCAGGUGUUCACGGUGGAGCAGAGCAUGACAGACUUAGAGGUGGUUAAUAAUCAGACGGAUGAGAUGGAAAAAACAGAGCAGGAGGGCAGCAAUGGAAAAGCACGUCACCACAGGAGAGACUCUGCAUCAUCAGUGUCCAGCAUCCGGAGUCAGUCCAGGCUGAUGUCUGCCCUCUACUGGCUGUGUGGGAUGGAGAGACGGAGGCAAAGCGACGACGAUCCUCCUCCUGCUCCUGCUCCUGAACCGACCGUCUGCUCACUGGAGGAGAAACCUCGACUGAGACUCCUUGUAAACGUCAACCUCCUGAUUUGCCUCUCUGUAACCGCCUUUAUCAUUGGUUACUGGGCCUGACAGGUAGGUUACAGUGCUCUCCAUGGACACGGGCUGUUUAAAAGGUUGUGUACAGACUUCAGUGUUUUAUUUUUCACUUUGGAGAAACUUCUUAUUUCUAUCCUGAAAUCUGACGCGGUAAAAUGGGAUGUGACUUCAAAAUACGUGCAUGUUUUAUUUGUAAAAUGAAUCCUAUAAAAAUUAAACUAAAUUGUAGAACUCUCUGUAUUUUACAAGAGUCAUGUGUAAAAUUAAACCUUUUAUACAUCUUUUGGAA